UUUAUGGGAGUGUGCAACAUCCACCGCGGCAUUUGAAGCGUUUCUCAUUCAUGUGCAACAUUUGCAGUUGUAUCUAAAACCGCAGUGUAUAAUUAGUCUAGCAAUUUUGAUCAUAAACGUGCAACGAACCUUGCAGACAUUUACUGUGUCGAUUUAUUGAUCCAACCAUUUACCAGGGUGGGCUGCGAUCGCUAAUGACGGACGCGCAUCUGCAAGAUACAGUCAUGGUUUGAAAAGAUGAUUGGCCAGAGACCUUUUAAAGCCUACACACUUAUUGGAUCCUCCAGCAUUUAAGGGCUGACGGUGGGCGGAGCUUGGAGAUGACUGGCAUACUGAAGAGGAAAUUCGAGGCGGUGGAAGGCCCCUCCCCCUGUCUGUCUCUGCUGGGGGUUGAUGACGAGGUGUCAGGGGGCAGCGACAGCGGAAACAGCAGCGACAGUGUGAACCCUGGACCCUCUGGCCCCCUCUCGGCCUCGUCCUCUCUGAGGAGGGAGAAGCGGAUGCGAGGGCGCUGCGUGCGUUUCGAGGGCGUGACGGUGUUCUACUUCCUCCGGCGGCAGGGCUUCACCAGCGUGCCCACGCAGGGGGGCAGCACGCUGGGCAUGUCCACGCGGCACAGCUGGGUCAGGCGCUACAGCCUGGGGGAGUUUGCCUUGGAGCAGGAGAGGAGCCACAGGGACCUGCUGAGGGAACACCUCAAGCAGGAGAAACUCAACUCCAUCAGGCUGAAGCUCACCAAGAACAACACGGUCUCCUCGGAGCAGGCCGAGUCCCUGACGCUGGACGACAUCUCGGAGGAGGACAUCGACCUGGACAACACAGAGGUGGAUGAUUACUUCUUCCUGCAGCCUCUGACCACCAGGAGGCGCCGCGCGCUGCUGAGGGCAUCGGGGGUGCGCCGCAUCGACGUGGAGGAGAAGCAGGACCUCCGGGCCCUCCGCGUCUCCAGGGAGGAGUGCGGCUGUGACUGCAGGGGGCGCUGUGACCCCCGCACCUGCGCUUGCAGCCUGGCCGGCAUCAAGUGCCAGGUAAAUGGAGCAGUGGUGGACCGCAUGUCGUUCCCCUGCGGCUGCAGUAAGGAGGGCUGCAGCAACGCCACGGGCAGGGUGGAGUUCAACCCGGUCCGCGUGCGCACGCACUUCCUGCACACCAUCAUGAAGCUGCAGCUGGAGAGCAGCAUCGAGCUGCAGCACCAGCCGGCCGCGCCACAGACGCCCAACGGCAACGGUUACCACGGAGACCCCGCCUCCGCUCAGCGCAGCCUGCAGUACCAUCUGACGGACGUGGCGCCGCGGAAUCCCAUAAUGCACCUGCAGACCGCCAACGAGACGGACCAGCACAUGGAGGAGGAGGAGGAAGAGGAUGAUGAUGAUAAUGACGAGGAGGAUGAUGAAGAGGAGUAUGAGGAUGAUGAUGAUGAGGACGGCAGCAGUUUAUGCAGCGGUCUUUCAGACUGCAGCACCCACAGCCUUGAAACAAGCGAGGAAGAGGAGGGAGAUGAGGAAGAGGAGGAGAACUGGGAGGGUUCAGAUGAAGGUUCCACUGUUCCCCCGGUCUCUCACACAGAAGUGGUUCCUCUCUCCUCUGUGUUAGGGUUCUCUAGAAACACACCCUCCAACUACACCACCGUCAAGUCUUACUACCACCCAAGUACAGAGUAUUAUCACAUGGCCAGUUCUAUAAGGGCCCCACCCCCCGCAAACCCCCAUAGUGAAACCCCCUCCCUCCCCAGCCUAGAGAGAGACACACUCACAACAGUCGAGGAGCAGCCCCACCUCUCCGCCAAGCCACCACACACAGACCUCCACCCUCAGCCUGGUGGACAAAAUGGCUGCCACCACGGAGGAUAUGACUCAGUAGAGCCCACAGACACCGCAAGCUCCUCCUCCACCUGGGAGGGCAACACUGCCCCCUGUGGCGAGACUGUGGAACUGCAUCAACAGACACGCACUCAGAACCACUGGAGCAGGAAGGAGCUUCCUGGACGCUCGGCUGCUGAGAGUGAAGCAAAGGGGUCCUUAACCAGUAAGGCAGAGGUGUCCACCCUGCCUGACCAAAAUAGCUGCAGUGUUUUAGGUAAAGGUACUACAGAAAACACACUUGGGUAGGAGAGAAUAUUUCGGACGCUUCAGUUAAAUUGUCGGUUCAGUAAGUCAAGAUAUCAGGAAUUUAUGAGCAUGUCAGCUAAAAUACUUUAGUUACAGAUUGACUGGCACCCUAUACAUAAACUUGAGGAUGAUCUUUCCAAGUGAGUUUAAUGGUGGAAGAUGUAUGUGAAGAAACUACUGUAAUUUAGGUUUGUUAAAUUGCUACUGUAAUUAGUUUUCUGAGGUGACGGUUGUCUCUCUGCACAAACAGUUCCCUUGAUUUAGCUGGGUAAGUAGUAUUAAACAUGGCUGUGAGUAUGCUGAUGUUAGACAACUUAUUGUCUCAAAGAAUUAUUCUAUUUUAUUCAAAAUGAGUAAAAUCGAUGGGUAACUUUUAUAAUGGACAUUUCUAAACCAUAUAUUGCUGCAAAUGUUUCUAUGUGAUUCUAAAUAGUUUAAUAUUGGUAGCAUGUUGAAUUUGGCAGUGGCACGAAUGACAAAUCUAGGUGAUUUUGAGGUCCAGUCCAAUCUUUUGUGUUGUAUUUUGUGGUUUUUCUUGUGUUGUCUGAUAAUAAUGUUGAAUAACUUGGUAUAUUACAGUGAAUAGCAUGUCGUUUGUAAAAAAAAAGAAAAAAACGAAUGGACAUAUUUGUUAACAGUAAGAUUGUCUUGAGGAAUCAUAAGACCAUUUAUACUUCUUAGACAAUCCUCAAUUCACUCAUUUAUUAAUGGCAAACAUUAUGAUAAUUAGAAGUUGUUAUAUCUAGGCUAGCUAUGGAAAGACUUGAAGUACAUAUCAUUUCAUUUAACAGUUCAACAUUUUGAAGACGCCUUACUCUGAUACAUGAUCAGUGCUGCUAGAAUAGCCGCUAGCACAAACAAGGGGAUGGCACGCCUAAGCCUGAUGUAAAGCCUCAUACAGUAUCACCAGACUUUCUAUUCAUUUUCUCUCCCCCUCUCGUUCAAUACUUCCAUACUUCCAUCCAUCCCUCCUUCCACCCAUCCCUUCA